CACGUCGUACGUACGCUCCUGCUUCUAUGCUAUUGUAAGUGCUAGCUAAGUAGCUAGUUUCAGAAGCUAUGCUCGGCUACUGUUGUUGUCACCUGAGGGGACACUAACUAACUAACUAACUAACUAGAUAUACCAGUCAACUUAUUUAAAAAACCGUUAACAUUUUGCAGAGCAUCUGAGAGUCCGAGUCGGGCCGUCUGCCAUGGCUCUGCAAGGCCGGGAGGAGUUGGGGGAGCAGGUCGAAGAAUCGGAGGAUUUGGACGACCAGGACGCUAGUAGCAUCUCCCCGGCCGAGGAGAUAACGCUGCCUCCCGGGCCUGGAGGCGACGAGGACCCGGAGGAGGCUCUCCUGCUGCCGUGGGACCGCUUCUCCACCUGGCUGCACUGCAUCUGCGUGGUCGGCUUCGACCUGGAGCUGGGACAGGCGGUGGAGGUUAUCUAUCCUCACCAUUCCAAACUGUCAGAGAAAGAGAAAACCAGCAUCUGCUACCUCUCCUUCCCUGACUCCAACUCGGGUUGCCUUGGCGACACCCAAUUCUGCUUUCGCUUUCGUCAGGGCUCCAACAGGAAGUCGUCGCUCGGCUGCUUCCUGGAAACCACCGACCGGGACGCACCACCCUGUCUGAAGAGGGAACAAGGCCAUUACUAUGGUUACGUGUACUUCCGUCAGGUGCGAGACAAAUCCCUGAAGAGAGGAUACUUCCAGAAGUCUCUGGUCCUGAUCAGUAAGAUGCCCUAUGUGACCUUCUUCCACUCCCUGUUGAAGAUCAUGGCUCCAGAAUACUUUGAGAAACAGGAACCCUGUCUGGAGGCUGCUUGUAAUGACAUAGACCGCUGGCCGACGCCCCAUCCUGGACGAAUUCUCACGCUUCCCAUUAUGGGCGUGGUAAUCAAGGUUCGCAUCCCAACCUCUUACGACAAACCAGGAACCUCACAGCUGGUUCAGUCCGCCCAGAGUGACAGUCAGGUGUCCAUCGUGCUCCCAACCAUCCAUGAAGUCGACCUGUUCAGGUGUUUUUAUCCAGUCUUCUUCCACAUCCAGAUGUUGUGGGAGUUGGUGUUGCUGGGGGAGGCACUCGUCGUCAUGGCUCCGUCGCCAGCAGAGUCGUCGGAUACCGUGCUGGCAUUGGUCAGCUGUAUCUCUCCUCUGCGUUACUGCAGUGACUUCCGGCCAUACUUCACCAUCCACGACAGCGAGUUUAAGGAGUACACCACCAGGACGCAGGCUCCGCCAUCAGUCAUUCUGGGAGUGACCAAUCCCUUCUUUGCUAAAACCCUGCAGCACUGGCCGCACAUCAUCCGCAUUGGAGACAUGAAGCAAGCAGGAGAGAUGGCCAAGCAGAUGAAAGUCAAGAAACUGAAAAACCUCAAAACUCUGGACUCUAAACCUGGUGUGUACACUGCAUAUAAGCCGUAUCUCAACAAAGAUGAAGAAAUCAUCAAACAGCUCCAGAAGGGUGUUCAACAGAAGAGACCCUCAGCAGCCCAAAAUGCAAUUCUUCGACGUUACUUCUUAGAGCUGACACAGAGCUUCAUCAUUCCACUGGAGCGGUACGUGGCUAGUCUGAUGCCUCUCCAGAAGUCCAUCAGUCCUUGGAAGAGUCCUCCUCAACUGCGGCCGUUCAUCCAGCAGGACUUCAUGAAGACGCUGGAGAAAGCAGGACCUCAGCUCACAUCCAGACUGAAAGGAGACUGGAUAGGACUCUACAGGCAUUUCCUCAAAUCUCCCAACUUUGACGGCUGGUUCCGCAACAGGAGGAGGGAGAUGACCCAGAAACUAGAGGCUCUGCACCUUGAGGCGCUGUGUGAGGAGGAUCUGGAGCAGAGAGUCCAGAUGCACUCUGAGGUAGAGACAGUAGAUCUGGUCCUGAAGCUGAAAGAUAAACUGAGUCAGGCGGAGAGGGAGCAACUCCCGGUGCGUCUGGGGACUUUGUCCAAACUGAGGGCCCACAUUGAGGCCGUUAUUCUGGCCCUACCAGAGGACCUGCAGGGCAUCCUCCACAAGCCCUCCACACCCUGACCUUUGACCCUUCGGCCUGCAACCCUAACCCCAGUUUGAGCUUGUUUUAAAGUUUGAGGGGGUAGUGGGUCUCCUCCCAGUUGGGACCCCCUGUUUACUCAGACCCGGCCGCAGUUUUGAGGACCUCUUCUGGUCUAACAUGGAAAGCACACAGAAUAUUUUUCCCAAAAUAUACAUCCAACUUCACUUGUUUUAACAUUUCUUUCUCCCCAAACCGCUACUCUUGCGGCUCAGUGGGAUUCAGACUACGCGUGUCGGUCACGUCUCAGUGGUGGCGUGGUGUUCGAACGAUCAGGCCGCAGCCGCCCGAUGUAAACUCCCUUAAAGAGAGUUUUUUAGGAGGUGAAACAGCCUUCAAAAUGUUUGAGGUUUUCCAUCACGGAGACAUAUGAAGUAAAGAAAAGGACUGUCAUCGGAACCGUUGGGGGGGCUGUGUGAAGAAGGAUUUGUCGCCACCUUAAAAGUAAGAGCAGGAAGAUUAAGCCAGCUGACAUUUGACCCUAAGCAUUUUUAACUUUUGAUGUUUUUAAUGUUUACUUUUUUAACUAAUGAUGGACUGCUGCAAUGUGAUGGAACUGACUGUGGAGUUUUUCAUUCAUUUUUUAAAAAUGUUUGUAAAAGAAAAA